UCUUCACAUCUUACCCGAAAAUGAACGACUGCAUCAGCGUUUUGGAUGGCGAAUUUCAACUCCUCCGGGUGACCCCAGCAAUUUACAAUGAAGCUGAAGAGCUUCUGGUUAAUUUGUCGGUUAACGAAGAAUUUUUAUGCCUUACCGCCAACAUAAAGGAUUCGGAAGAGGCGACUCAAGAGCUUCGGACACUGAUUAGACAUAUUCUAUCCUGUGGAAUUUCGUUUGCCAUUCGACAAGUGGCUAGUGGACGAAUUGUUACUGCCAUGGCCACUAUAAUAUUCAACUACAAAAAAGAAUCCUCUUACUUUCAUAUAAUGGCUAAGUUCAAAAGUCCUAGCAUGGUAAGGUACAGACGGUUGAUGGAUGCCAUUGAGAACAGCUUUGAUAUGUACAAGGAGUGGAAGGUGAACAAUAUUAUGGAAGUGGAAUAUUUGGCCACUAAGCCGGAAUUCAGAGGUCGAGGUCUGUCAUCUAUUUUAACCCAGUAUGUCAUUAGUUUUGGAAAGCUAAUGUCUCAGGGAAAACUUCCACCCGAAGUAUUUGACCAACUAUCAAAGGAGAUGCAAGUUGAUAGACCCGGUGCCAUAUGUACAAUUGUCACAUCUCCAACAUACGUGAGAUACGCACAGAAGAUUGGUCUUCAAGUGGCCUAUAAGUGGAGAAUUUCAGAGUUGAGGUCUUGGGGAGGAAGUACUGCAGCACAUAGUGACGACGAAGCCUUCGAGUAUGCAGAGCUCCAUAUGAUAAAGUAUUGA